UCCAGUAUAUACAUAGAAAAAUAUAUCACAAAGAGAUAAGGUGCAAAUAUUUACAUAGAUGCUCUGAUGCAUUGGUUGAGAAGAGUAAUUUCCUUAUAGAGAGAUAGGUCAAAAGUAAAUGACAAAAGAAUGGAAUAAAUGCAGAAUCAGGAUCAGAUAGAAUUCUUCACUUUACCACUUUCAGUUUUUAAGGGAUGAUAAUAUGUCUUCCCCUAACCACACUGCAGUGACUGAAUUCAUUCUCCUGGGACUCACAGAUGACCCAGUGCUACAGAAGGCCCUGUUUGGGGUGUUCCUGGUGAUCUAUCUAGUCACACUGGCAGGGAAUCUGGGCAUGAUCAUGCUGAUCAGGACCAAUCCCCACCUCCAGACCCCCAUGUACUUCUUCCUCAGCCACCUCUCCUUUGUAGACCUUUGCUAUUCCUCCAAUGUUACUCCAAAUAUGCUGCACAAUUUCCUCUCAGACCAGAAGACCAUCUCCUAUGCUGGAUGCUUCACACAGUGCCUUCUCUUCAUUGCCCUGGUGAUCACUGAGUUUUAUCUCCUUGCUUCAAUGGCCUUGGACCGCUAUGUAGCCAUCUGCAGCCCUCUAUAUUACAGCACCAGGAUGUCCAAGGACAUUUGCAUCUUUCUAGUCACAGUCCCUUAUACUUGUGGAUUCUUCAAUGGUCUCUCUCAGGCACUGCUGACCUUUCACUUGUCCUUCUGUGACUCCCUUGAGAUCAACCAUUUCUACUGUGCUGAUCCUCCUCUGAUAAUGUUGGCCUGCUCUGACACCUAUGUCAAAAAGAUGGCAAUGUUUGUGGUUGCUGGUUUCACUCUCUCGAGCUCUUUGUUCAUCAUUCUCCUGUCUUAUGUUUUCAUCAUUGCAUCUAUCUUGGCGAUCCGUUCUGUGGAAGGCAGGCACAAAGCCUUUUCUACCUGUGGUUCCCACCUGGCAAUAGUCACUCUAUUUUAUGGAACCCUCUUCUGCAUGUACUUGAGGCCUCCAACUGAGAAGUCUGUAAAGGAGUCCAAAAUAUUUGCAGUCUUUUAUAGUUUUUUGAGCCCAAUGUUGAACCCAUUGAUCUACAGUAUGAGGAACAAGGUUGUGAUCCAAGCCAUGCAGCAAAUGAUUAAGAGAAAUCUUUCAUAAAAUUGCAGUUUAAACAUCUGUUCACUUGAUAUGACUAAGUGUCCAUAAC